UAAGUGCACAGCUCAGUAGAGCCCGUGCUGUAGCAGUUGGUAAAAUUUUAACUCGUCGCGGCACGGUUGAGAAAUUGUAAACUCAUUUCACUGACUGAAACACUUAACUCUUAACCGGAAGCAAGGGGAUUAGAACAAACGCAACCCGAUUUUUUUUUUCGUGUAGUAUAAAUUUACCAAUUAGAAUGUACGUUUUCAAAUACAAAUGUACGUAAAAAACAAACAAUUUAUAUAUUGAUGACAAUUCAAUAUACAACUUGCCUAUAUCUACUGAAGCGGUACUCUUACGUAAAUACUCUAACCAACAACGAUCAUCGACGAGUUUGCUCACUAGGCCACCGACAAAACAACUAAUCUGUUUGCCACAAACACUUUAAGCUCAGAUUUGUAUUUGUUGUUUUAUUUGUAUUUAUACUAGUGGCUGACGCUGCUCAAACAGCUGUAGAGCCCAAAGUCAAUACGUAAACAUGAACUAAAAAAAUACAACGGCAAAGUCCCACAUAACAAACAAAACAUUUUCCGGCUCCGGCGACAUUAACAGAACUGCUCGACAUCGACAAUUUGUUUUAUCAAUUUCCAACAAGGCCAGCAACAAGAACAGCAUCAACAAUAACACCAAAAGCAAUAGCACAUAACCCGACAAACCAACAAAUAACAAAAGCGCCCAGAGUGCUUAGUUGCUUUCUCGCAGUCGAGCACGCACGCAACUGGGUACCCAACUACCCCGUGUCACACCGUAGUGGUUGGGCGCCGUGUGCCACAAACCCUUGUCCCAGCAUCAUCCCGUCGGCUUCCGCCACCUUGCAGGGAGCAGGCCCCCCCACGGCGCGGCACUCUCGUUUUACUCGCAUUUUUGUUUUAUUGCUGUGCUACAUUCUUUAAAAAAAGAAAAAGACGGAAAACAGCUAUUUAGGAAAAGAAGACGGCAACAAUGGCUGCAUAUGCGCAGUUUGGAUAUAACUACCCGGCGGAAAAUGAGUUGCUGACGGCUACUACUGACAGCCAGAGUGCCCAUGACGGAUCGCCGUUAUCAAACACGAACGAGGCAUCACUUAGUCCGUCAGCCGGAUCCACUACAACUGGAAUUACAACAGGUCUUUUAAGUCCAGGCGCCAAUUCGCAGUCAGGCCAGGGCCAGCAAAAGUCAGCAACCGCAAAACUUGCCGAUGACACUUCUGGAAAUAAUAAUAAACUGACGACUAGUAAAAGUGGGGGAGGAGCAGUAAAAGUUCUAGAAUCAGAGGUCCAUGUAAAUGUCCCUGAGAGUACAUCCUGCUGCGAAAAUGGAAGGCGAAUUAUCACGGAUCCCGUAACGGGACACACCGUGUGCUCGUGCCAGUAUGAAUCGACACAUCUGACAAUCGGCGGAUACUCUAGAAUGGCGCUACCUUCGGCUGGAAUUGGGGUGUACGGCGGUCCGUACCCCUCAAAUGAACAGAAUCCUUAUCCAAGUAUCGGAGUUGACAAUUCGGCAUUCUAUGCACCACUGAGCAAUCCAUAUGGCAUAAAGGACUCUAACGCCAGUACUGACAUGAAUGCUUGGGCUUCAGCCGGCUUACAGUCAACUACAAGCUUCUACUCCUAUGAUCCAACACUUGCUGCUUAUGGGUACGGACCGAACUAUGAUCUCGCCGCACGCAGGAAGAACGCCACCCGUGAGUCUACUGCGACUCUGAAGGCGUGGCUAAGUGAGCACAAAAAGAAUCCCUAUCCUACUAAAGGCGAGAAAAUUAUGCUGGCAAUUAUUACCAAAAUGACGCUUACUCAGGUGUCGACGUGGUUUGCAAAUGCGCGACGCCGGCUAAAGAAAGAAAACAAGAUGACAUGGGAACCCAAAAAUAAGACGGAGGAUGACGAUGAUAACCUGAUAUCGGACGACGAAAAGGACAAGGAUGUCUGCGAUGGACCGAAGCUACCAGCUGAUACAUUUGAUCCUAACAAUCAGCAUAUUAAAGCGGAGCUUGCAAAGGUAGAAAAAGAGGUAACCGACGAUCAGAGAGUAGAACGAGAGUCGGCAAAUACAAAUAUAAUGCCAAUGCGGGGUAUUGCGUCCUAUGGCUCUGCGCACUUCAAUCCGCCCUCAAUCCAUUCAACGUAUUCAUCCUAUGCGCGUGCCCAACAGGAGCAACAGCCAUCGGAUCACCAGCAUUCGAUGCCGGCUCCCUACUUUUAUUCUGGAUAUGGACAAGAAGACGCAAGUGAUUACGCUGUUCAAAAAAACCCGCUAAGCAGAGACUGUGGCAUACCAGUGCCGGCGAACAAGCCCAAAAUCUGGAGUGUGGCCGACACAGUCGCCUGCAAAACUCCACCUCCUACGGUAUACCUUGGCCAAAAUUUCUAUCCUCCAGCUCAAGUGUCGACAUCAGAGCCAGAGACGGCUCAGCUACAGCACCAGCACCAGCACCAUAUGGUGAGCCCCCAAUCUCAGACGCCAGCUAUCCUUUCGAACAAUACAAUGAUAGGGCCUCAAAUGAAUCUAAGUUCGCCGCUGAAUAUGAUGAACAGUUACGCCGCCGCAUCGCCAUAUUCGCGGAUACCUACGGUGUAUACCGAAGCAAUGGGAAUGCACAUUGGGCCGGGGUCGGGGCCGGCAGUGGUCUCAGUCACCAACAAGACUCCUACCACCAUAAACAUUCACCGAGAAUCGUAUCCAUUUCCGCCCAUACCGACGAGAAUUGGGUUUUCCGAGAUUCAGCCCGAUACUCCACCACAGACUCCGCCAAAUAUGAAGCUGAACAAUCAACACAACAACGCUAAUAGUAACAACAACAAUAGCAGCAGCUGCUCGGGUCAGUCAGGUGGCACUCCAGGAACAGCUCCCGUAGUAUCAAUGACAAACAUUGUAUACAGUAAUGGAGGGAGCAAUGUCUAUACAAACAGCAGCGGUUACCUGGCGGGGAGCCGAUCCGAUUCGUAAUAUGUACCAGCUGGCUUUGAACCAACUGCAAGUAGCAACAAACACAUAUAGAAAAUUGUUUUCACACAUCUUAAUACACAGGCCCAAAAGAAAUUGUGCAAACUUACAAUUAAUAAAGAGGUGACAGCGAUAACCCCACUAAUUAUUUUGCAAUAAACGUAGCAUAAGUAUGGCAAUAAAACUUUUUUUCUACCAUAUUGUUAAUUAUUUUAUCGUAAUGUUAAUUAGCAUAUUUACACUCCUCAACUGAAACUAAAACGUUCACAAAGCCACAUGUCGCACACACACAGUUCAAACAGAAAAUUAUGAGAGCGAGGCUUUCCCUCGGUGCUCUGUUUACAUGUGCUGCUGUCUUAGCAAUGCCUGAAAGACAACGUUAUUAGUAUUUGUGAAGAAUGGGGAAUGGGUGUAUGGAAUUUUGACGUCAUUCGGCGUUGAGAUUAAUGACACGGAAAACACACACACCGAUCGUUUGAAGCACAUUUAUCAGAGUAAGAAUUCAGCUUUUAAUGCUAUGUGUAACAACUACUGUACUAUGCAAUGCUUAAGUUAAUUGGCUUGUAACUGAUUUAACUAAACCUUUUGCAAUUUAUAAAUAACUGUUAGCGUAACUUUCAGGUAAAUAUACAACUUAAAGGAAAACUCAUAUAUACGAAUAUGAGAAUACUGUUUAGAAACAUACAUAUGUAUCUACAUUGGAACAACAAGAAUUAAAAUAAAUUAAUGGAAUAUUUGGCGAACCUUUAUAUAUACUAACAUAAUAUUUCGACAUCAGUAUUUUCAAUUAAAUAAUUUUAAGAGUCAAUAGAAUGCUAUUUAUUAACUAUUAUCUGUGAUACAAGAGUGUAAAUAAAUAUAUGUAUGCCAUACCUGUAAGUUAUUCAUAUCUAAAUUAAUAAGAGUUAAUAAUGGGCAGAGGCAACAAUCUGGAUGUGUUGUAAUGUCAUUUAAAAAAUCCCCAAAUGCAAAUAAAAAUAUAUGUAAA